UUUUCGCGAAUUUGAACGAUCUGAGAAUACAGUUUUACUCAGAAUUCGACGCUGAUUCCGAAUAUGUAUGACUCAUUGCGUAAUUUUUUGGGCACGAAACCUUACAUUCUGCCACUUGUCCUUUGAUUUAUCAUCUUGUUUUAGCAUAUUACGAUGUUUAACUCGAGAGAUACCAACAAAUGGCUGGUGGGAAGACUAUCAUAUGGAUCCAAAUGAUAAUUCAUUAGCUACUAAUUUUAAUCGGUUACGAUUAAUACGUAAUGUAAAUUUUGAUCAUUUAACUGCAUUUAAGUUCGGUGACGGUAAUUAUGAUUAUUACAAAUAUGAACUAAAACAAAUAAUCAUCGACCUAUGUGACGAUCAAAAUAUGGAACAAGAUUAUGUGAAGAAAAUUGAUUCUGUAUUAUCGUCAUCCUAUAGUGAUAAAGAAAUAUUUAAAAAAUAUAGAGAAGAAAUAAUUGAUUUGAUGACAGAACAUAAGGAAGACUUGAUUAAGGAGAUAAAAGAGAUCGAAAAAUUAAAUAUUAAAAAUAAAAAUGAAAUUAAAUAA